UUCAUUGUUAUAUCAUAACACCUAUAGAGAAAAUAAAAUUAGAAGGAAAAAAGAAAAAGUAAAAGGAAAAACAAUGAGCCGUCGGAUGUGCAUCAAUCACCACCACGUCGCAAAAACCAUCACGUUUCGCGCAUCGCCAGGGCGGGAAACUCAACCCCUCUCUCUCUCUCUCUCUCUCUCUCUCUAUAUCGCUUCUAUAUCUUUUUAUUUCUCUGUCUAUAACUUACAUUCGGCGUCAAAGCUCACUGCACUCGACUCUUAAAACCCUCUCAAUUCCAAUCCCUAAACCUAACCCACAAGGGCUUACAUCUUCUUUGCAGCGGCAAUGGCCGAAGCCGAGGCCGCAAAGCGACUCAUUUCCGAUAUCGGUAAACAACUCGCCGCACAAAAAACUUGCCCUAGGAAAGAUUUCCUCGUAAAAUUGCUUAAACAAGCUGCAAGUGCAUUUCCAGCAUUAGAUCAGUUGGCAUCACUAGAAUCUACCAUAAAGCCCCUGAGUGAUUCUCUCGUCAAGCAUAGACUGCUUCAGCAUAAAGAUAAAGAUAUUAGACUACUGGUGGCUAUGUGUUACUGUGAAAUUAUUCGGAUUCUUGCACCAAAUCCUGAUUUCAGUGAUGCAGUUUUUAGGGACAUAUUUAAACUAUUUCUCAGCAUGUUCGCGGAGCUCUCUGAUACCACGAGCCCAUAUUUUUCGAGGAGGGUAAAAGUAUUGGAGAUUGUUGCUAAACUCAAAUUUUGCGUGCUAAUGCUAGACACAGGAUGUGAAAAUUUAGUUCUUGAAAUGUUCAAAACCUUCUUUACUGUUGUGAGGGAACAUCAUCCACAAAGUUUGAUUAGUGCAAUGGUGUCUAUAAUGGCACUUAUUUUAAGAGAGAAAGCUUCCCAGCCGCUUUUAAAUGUGAUUUUGCAAAAUCUUCUGAAGGCUGGAAAGGGUGAAUCUACUGCUUCUUCACGUCUUGCCGUUUCAGUCAUCCAAAAUUGUGCGGACGAGCUUGAGCCCUUUGUUUGUGGGUUUUUAGUGUCUUGCAUAUCAGACAGAGAUGCUGUUGGGAGCGAGAUCAAAGAAUGUUACCAUGAAAUUAUAUUUGAAAUCUUCCAGUGUGCUCCUCGAAUGCUUCUUGCUGUCAUCCCAAAUUUGAGUCAAGAAUUGUUGACUGAUCAGGUUGAUGUUCGGAUAAAAGCUGUUAAUUUAUUUGCAAGACUUCUUGCUCUGCCUGGACUCCAUAUUGCUCAGCAAUAUCGCCAUCUCUUCGUAGAGUUUUUGAAAAGAUUCUCCGAUAAGUCUCCAGAAGUAAGACAAAGUGCCAUAUCAUGUGCUAAAGCUUUCUACAUGACCAAUCCAUCAAAGACAGAAUCAGAUGAAAUUCUCAAUGCACUUCAAGACCGACUACUAGAUUUUGAUGAUAAAGUCAGACUGGAAGCAGUGACUAUUGUGUGUGAUCUAGCAAUUUUUAACCUGAAACUUUUUCCCCUUGAGCGGUUACCUCGAAUUACUGAUCGACUUCGUGAUAAGAAGGUAUCUGUUAGAAAAAAAGCCUUGCAAAAGUUGCUGGAAGUUUACCGGGAUUAUUGUACCAAGUGUUCUGGAGGUAUCAUGACAAUCAGUGACCGCUUGGAACAGAUCCCAUGUGGAAUAUUGAUGCUUUGUUAUGAUAAAGAUUGUAAGGAGUUUAGGCCUCAAAACAUGGAGCUUUUGCUUGCAGAAGAUUUGUUUCCUGCUUCUCUUUCAAUUGAGGAGAGGACAUGGCACUGGAUCUCGUUGUUCACGCUUUUUAACGAACUUCAUACUAAGGCUUUGAACACUAUUUUAUCUCAAAAACAAAGGUUGCAAACUGAGAUGCAAAUUUACUUGGCUCUUCGGAGAAAAUCAGAGGAAGAUGACUCUGAAGAAGUGCAAAAGAGAAUUAAAACCUCUUUUGUGAAAAUGUCGGCAUCUUUCGCAGAUCCUGCCAAAGCAGAGGAGUGCUUUCAUAAACUGAACUUAAUAAAAGACAAUAACAUAUUUACUGCAUUGCUGCAGUUGUUGGAUGAAGUGAAUAUUAAAAACGGCCAGGCCACCAGAGAUGACUUUUUGAGGAAGAUAGGGGAUAAGCAUCCACAUUUUGGGUUUUUACGAUCACUCUCCAUGAAAUGCUUGUUUAAUAUAUUUAGUUCUGAGCAUGUCCGUUGUAUUUUGGAUCAUCUUUCCAGUGACAGAUUUGGAAAUAAGGAAUUGGAGGCUUCUUCCAUGAAACUUCUUCUGGCUAUCAUCAGCACUUUCCCCUCACUCCUGAGAGGGUCAGAAAAGCAGUUGCAAUUGUUGUUAUUGGACGAAGAUGACUCAUAUAAUGAUGAGCUAAUUCAGAUUUUAGCAAAAGCAGGCCCCCAUAUUUCUAUCAAAGUCAGUGAUAUUUACCCUUUCUUGGAGAGGAUUUGCCUUGAGGGAACUCGCACUCAAUCCAAACUUGCUGUUUCUGCAAUUGCUGCAUUAGUUGGUACCUCUGAGCAGUUCAUCUCGGUGUUACACAAGACACUUGUAGAUUAUCUGCACAGUGGGCAGAAUAUUCCAACCGUAUUGCAGUCCUUGGGCUGUAUGGCGCAACAUUUUGUUUCAACUUUUGAAUUCCAAGAUGGAGAGAUUACACAAUAUAUUGUUGAUAAAAUUAUUCGGGUAACUGAUGUGGAUAUGCCCGAUAAUCUAGGUUCAGGUGACGAUACUUCUGGGUGUAGCAGUUCUUGCAAAUUGAAGAUUUUUGGGCUUAAAGCACUUGUCAGAAGUUUCUUGCCACAUCGAGGAACUCUCGUUGGACACAAUAUUAACAAAUUGUUGGAUGUUUUGUUGCAAAUGCUGCAGAAGGGAGACAUUUCUGACUGUACAAUCUUAUGUAAAACUGACAAGGCUCACAUCAGAUUAGCUGCUGCAAAAUCUGUUCUCCGGCUUUCAAGAAGAUGGGAUUUGCAUAUUUCACCACAGAUCUUCCACCUCACAAUUUCGGUGGCCAAGGACUCCUCGUCAUUUGUACGCAGAUUGUUUGUCAGUAAAACACACAAGCUACUGAAGAAGCAUGCUUUACCAAGUAAAUAUGCGUGUGCUUUUGCAUUGGCCGCCUCAGAUUCCCUAAAAGAUCUGCAAGAUGAUUCCCUGAAAUACAUGGAAGAAUUUAUAAGGGAAUAUAGUAGAGGAGCGAGAGUUCACCAGACUUCUACAAUGCAAGGAGGAUUGAUAGAUCAUCCAGCAUACCUAGUGGUCUUCUUGAUCCAUGUUCUUGCUCACGAUACUGGUUUCCCACCUGAAAAUUGUCAAGAUGAAGGAAUUUAUGCUUGCUUUUGCAGCCCACUUGUUUUCACCUUGCAGGCAUUAGUCAAUGCUACUUUUCUUGACGGUGACUUGGACCUUGUGAAUGAUGCGAUCUCAUAUUUAUGUGGUAUUUUCAAUGCUAUUAAGAGGGCUGAGGAUGCUGUUGAUUAUCAGAGAACUACUAAACUUCAGAUUCUAGCAAGCUUUGGAAUCUCCAUCUUAAAUGUUUUCUGUCAUGGUGGCAUUUUGGUAUCACAUACCCCAGGUGUUAUUUUGCUGCCGUCGUCAUUUUACAGAAUUAGUCUUGGAGAAAAAAGAGAGCGUGGUUUUGAUGAAAAUAUUGUUGAGAGAAUGGUUCAUAGUUUCAAAUCACACAUCUCUCAGCAUGCUAGCACUCAAUCAAAAUGUGGCCAGAAAAGCCAAGACGACUGCUCACAGCCAGAUGUCAUUAAGUGUGACUCAUUAAACUUGGCAUUAUGCAGCGAUAGUGAUGUAUUAAAAAGUAGGAUAAGUGAACAAAGUGAGAGCCCAAAUGCACAUGGGAGGGAAACACAUGAAACUCUGAAGCAAGAGAUCAACCCUAGAGGAAGAAAAAAACGGGCCCUCUUUCCCUGCCCUCCUCGAUCAGUUGGAUUGCAUAAUGAUUUUUCUAUCGAUGAUGAGGACGAAAUGGGUGUGUUUGGAAAUUCUGAACCAAUUGUAGGAAAAGAACUUCCAUCAUCGUGUGAUUCUGUAACUACGGAUCCUUCACUAACUUUGAAGGAAGAUUUGAUAAAUUCUGCUUCUUUGAAAGAAAAUGACAGACUAACAAAACGUAACAAUACUGCUGAACCUUCAAAAGGUAUAGGAAACAGAUAUUCGGAUCCUUGCGGUUCAAAGGAAAUUGGAAAUAAGAACAAAGUGUUAAUCAGGCAGCAGAUUCAAUUAUGGUCUCCGAUUGAUAAAUGCUACAAUUCAGGCACAGUGGACCAGUUUGAUUCUCAAAACAAUACUUACAAGGAUUCAAAUGCUAUCUGUUCACUGUACUGUAAUUCUGGGGAGCACUCCUCUCAUAGUGGUCAAAGGGAAAUGGUUGAUGAAUUUAUAUGUGAUGUUCCCCAGAAAGAAAAUUUUCCAAAAAAGGGAAGGGCAAAUUUUCUCAAUAGAAGGAUUCCUGUGCCUGGGAAGGAAAAGAAGAGACUGACAAUUUCAGCAGACACAUCAACAUCAGAAGUCAUCGACGCAAAUAAGGAUACAAUUGCUCGUAGAACUCGGAGUCGGAAAGUUUGAGUUAUGUUCUGUUUUGCAGAAAGAACAGGCAUCAAAUCUUCUCUUUCUGGAGUGAGGCUAACAUUGUUCCAUGAAUAGCACGAAAAUAUUGUUUCCUACCCUUUUGUAUAUAUAUAUAUAUAUCUCAAGUGCUACUAGUGUGUGACCACCUCUUUGCAAGUAGCCUGAGUUUUGGACCUGAUUGUUGUGAAUAACUAAAUCAGUUGUUUGCUAAUCUAAUCAUGUUUAAGAUGAUGCAGAAUUUAAUGAGUUUACUGGUAGCUUAUUCUUACUGUUUGCUUAUUGAAAUUGUGUUGCUGCCAACUUGUGAUAAUUCAAGGGAACAUUUCUCUCUCUAUAUAAAUAUAGACAGA